AUGACCAAGCUGAGUGAAGUGUCGUUUAAAACUUUAACUGAAUGUAAGAAAAUACGCGAGUCGGUUGGUGGAGAAAAUCAUCACGAGGAUCAGUGCAAAGGUAUUCCGGCAGUUUUGAAGGAAGAACCAUUUUACUAUCACAGGGAAUGUUACCACAAAUUUACCUAUGCCCGAGCAUUGCUCAAAAGAAAAUUGGAGAACGAAAAUGAAACCAAGAAAAACAACAAACGACCUUCGAGAGCAAGUCCUUCGACAGGUGAUGCAAGCUCAAGCGGGAUAUUUCCCAAACAAUGCAUGAUAUGCUCAAAAGAAAGAAUAAAAGUUGGUGGAAAAUUUCAAUUUCCAACAAAGAUUCUCACUAAAUCGGCUGAAGAGACACUGGAAAAAGCUGCUCAUUUAAGAAACGAUUAA